AUGACUGACCCCAGGCAGCUGGUGGUGUUAUGCAUGAUGUUGGAGACCCGUCAGCGAAUGCUGGAUGCUGUCAAAGAUCUGCGACGGCGCCUUGGUGAGGAGAGGAAACGCGCCGAACACGCUCGCAUGGUCCGUAUCCGACACUACGUGACCACUUCCUGUCUACCAGCUCCGCGGCUAGCCCCCUGGAUGCAUAUCUGGUGGUUCGGCAGCGAUAAGAAUUUCAUAACGAUCACCAGUGUAACGGGGUUACAUAGAAUAGUGACCCUGUCACUAUUCCGGGAUGGCUACAUCGGUCACUCCCCUGGAUAG